GCGCGGUCCAGCGGAAGUCGAUCUGUAGCGGAAGUGUUGUUGUUGUGUUGACGGUGUGAACAGCAGCGGACUCACCUGGAGAACAGUCUCUGCAGGUCAAAGAUUCUCUCCCCCUGGUGGUCAUGGCUCUGAUCUCUCUGGAAGACCUCGAUGGAUUGGACGACGAGCAGUUGGAUGAUGACAUCACUGACAACCCUGAGCCAAUGGAUGAAGAGGAUCGAGACAGGCUGCUGGCCCAUUGGCAGGCGGUCGCCAGUACCCACCAGGUGUCUGUACCUGCAGAAAUGACCGAACCCAUACAGGAGAUGACCCGCAACAGUCAGCAGAGGGAGCCCCUCCCCUUUACUACAAUAUCCUGCCAUGAAAAGAUGGGGGAGGUGCUGUGGGAGGAGCGGGUGUAUCCUGCCGGACACUGGGCGUGUGUGACCAGAGGAGAGGAUCUGUACGAACAGAGCAUCGCCAACGCCUUCAUGAAACUGAUGCGCUUCAUCUGUAAAGAGAACUCUGCAGGUCGAUACCUGGGCAUGACGGUGCCGGUCAUCAGUAACAUCCACCUGAAGGAGGAUGGAACCACGCUCAACAAAGACGUCCAGACUUCCUUCUUCCUGCCUGCUGAGUUUCAGACCAACACCCCCCCCCAACCCUGCGACCCCGACAUUACCAUCGUCCACAGAGAGCCAAUGAGAGUCAUCGCCAG